UUAGUGACCAUUUUGUCGUAAAAUAGUGAUUUUAGUGACUUUUUAGCGUAAAUAGUGACUUUUUAGUGACCAGGCUCAAAAUAGUGACAAAGUCACUUAAAGUGACUCACUACUAGCCCUGUGUACCUGGGCUCACUGGUAACUGCCGACAGCGAUACCAACAGAAAAAUUUAUCGGCGCAUUAUGGCAAGAAAUAGCGGUUUAUGAACCACGAACUGCAGGAGCUGCUCGGAGAGCCAUCUAUCGCCCACAUCACCAAGAUUAACAGGAUGCGGUGGGCUGGCCAUUUCGUAAAAAUGUCGGACGACGGCCCGGUAAAGAUGGCUCUUGAAACCAAUCCGUCAGGGACAAGACGGAGUGGUGCAAAGCAAGCAAGGUGGAAGACGACCUACGCACCCACGCAGACUGCAGAGCUGGCGAACUGUAGCCAUAGACUGAGUGGAAUGGGGACGACUCUCACGUACAUUAAAGGCCACACCACGGCUUGGGACUGUUUGGUAAGUGACACUACCAUAGUAAACACAAAUUUAUGCUGCAAUGGAAUUUUGCUAAACAAAAAUACAAUUGAAGAAUUCAAAAUUACUGAUAAAAAUGAACUUCUUAAACAAGUUAGCGUUGCCCAUUAUCGAGAUCUUUUAUUUAAAGAGAAACUUCACUGUAGCUCGCAGGUUCUACUGUUUACAGUAUUCUCCUUUGCGGACUUCAAAACAAAUAAGUAUUAUUACUGGUUUGCAUUUCCAGUUCUACGAGACCUUACUUAUACUUAUUCCGGAGCUUACCGCCUGUUGGAAACCGUAUUAAGUGAACAAUGCUUAUCAAACUUUAAAUCUGAACUAAACCAAAUAAAUGACCCAUUUUUUAUCUAUGACGCCGGUUCAUAUAGCAUAUCGAAACUCAUCGAUUCGAUAUCUCACAGCAAUAAAUCUAAUAAUUUCUGUAAUGCUAGCUUGGAAAACAUAUAUUUUUGUUGUAGAGACUUUUCUACAGAUGAAAAACCAAGUUGGAUUUUGCGACAAUUCUUAGGAUACCUGUUUAUGACCUGCCCGAUAUUAGCUGGUAAACGAAUCAAUUGCCUUUGUCUUCGAAAAGAUGUAAAAUUUAGCAUUGUUUAUCAAGUACAAAUUCCACAUGAUGAAUUAGAUCUGGAUGAAGCACCUUGGAUCGGUUGGGAGGCAAAUGAUAACGGAAAAUUAUUGCCCAGAAUGGCAGAUAUGGCAAAAAUAAUGGAUCCAUUGACGCUCGCUAAGGAAUCGAUUAGUUUGAAUUUAACGCUAAUGAAAUGGAGGUUACUGCCGGAUCUAGAUCUGGAAAUAAUACGAAAAACAAAAUUUUUACUGAUGGGUGCUGGUACACUUGGCUGUGGAGUCGCUCGUUCUCUUCUGGCUUGGGGAGCGCAACACAUCUCCUUUGUAGAUUAUGGACACGUUUCGUUAUCUAAUCCCGUUCGACAGAAUUUAUUCCUCUAUGAAGAUGCACUUGGGGGAGGAAAACCCAAGGCAUCCACCGCUGCGGAAAGAGUUAAGCAAAUUCAUCCUUCUAUGGUUUCUACAGGAUACUGCAUGCAAAUUCCGAUGCCAGGACACCCAAUUGGAGAGUCUCAGAUAAACGAAACCAUUGAAACGCUGGAAAGUUUGAAGGAGUUGAUACAAAUCCAUGAUGUUCUUUUUUUGCUCACUGAUUCUCGAGAGAGUCGUUGGCUUCCAACAAUGUUAGCAGCAUUUUAUAGGAAGAUGGUGAUUACGGCGGCAUUGGGAUUUGAUUCAUAUUUAGUUAUGCGACACGGCUCUAAAAUGACUGCAACGAUUCCACUAGUAACUAUAAAAGGAUACAAGCAGCUGCCUGGAUUUAGGUUAGGGUGCUACUUCUGUACUGAUAUUGUAGCACCAGGAAACUCUGUAAAAGAUCGUACUCUGGAUCAACAGUGUACCGUUACAAGGCCUGCAGUAUCAAAUAUCGCUUCAAGUCUAGCUGUGGAAUUGGCUGUAUCUCUUCUGCAACACGAAAGCCGAGAUGCUGCACCAGCAUACUAUCGAUUGCCAAAUUCAGAUGAUCAAACUGAGGACGUUCCGGAAGGAAUUUUGGGUGUCAUACCUCACUCAAUCCGCGGCAACAUUAGUAAUUUCAAUCAUCUGAUUACAGCCACGGAGCAGUUUUCCGAAUGCAUUGCCUGUUCUAAGCACGUAAUGGCAAAAUAUGAACAAGAUGGCAAUGCCUUUAUAAUAAAUGUUCUCAACUCUUCUAAAAUACUAGAAGAUAUAUCUGGAGUUUCCAAGUUGACCGACGAUGCAAUUGAAGAUAUAGAUUUUGAAAGCGAUGAAGAAUAAAAAAGCAAAUACCGUUUGCGUUGUCCAUAGUAGACGGAUGCACGUAAUAUACGCCAUUUAGUACAUUGGUUCGUGAAAAGAUGACCUAGAGUUAAUGAUCAAAGCAUCCGGAUUCAAUAGCAACCUAUUGAGAAUGUCUCAGAACACUCAUCCAUUACAUGACAGAGGUAAUGUAAUCUAAGGAACUAAGGUAACGGCAUUGCCGGGAGCUGAAAAGUUGAAAUUUUUCGAUGAUUUUCACAAUGAUGUAACUCAUGACUUCGGAUUGGUUCGGAUGAUCUAAUACCGCCUGUUCGACCAGAAAUAUACAGGCUUUCUUUUGCAAUUGACUGUUUACAUUGAAACUCAUUGAUACUUAACUUACUUCAUAUAAUACGACGCAUAAAAAAUCUCAUUUGUAACAUUUUUGUGUUUUUCAAAAUGUUCUCUAGCAAUAUUCAGAUCAAUUAUAGGUCUUCCAAGUUUACAAAUUGAUUAAGCUAACCUUCUUUGACAAUCUCCAUAGCUGGUUUGAUGAUAAAUCACUACGUUGCACUUUAUUGUUUUGAAAAACAGUGAACAGUACGGGAGUAUCGAAUGCAACAACAAAAAGCUAAAAUUUUAUCGAUUUCAACCAUCUGUAACAAAGGUUAACAAUAUUUCUGGAUGCUCAUGAGCUGUCAAAAGAUUCAGUAGAUAGCUGGAUCUCCAAGUUAUCGCAUUGCAAGAUCAAGAAGGAAGAACGUUCGCCUCGAUGAGUCAGAUCAAUCAACAAAACAGGAAACCGAACAAGCCCCAAAGGAAAAAUUCAAAUCAGAUGCUUUCUGUCCUGUAAUAAAUCAACUAAAGAUUUAAUUGGCAGAACGUGCAGUGGCUUACAAACAGGUAUGUGCCUGGUUUAAUUUUCUGUCGGAUUUGGACGCAUCCCCAGAAACACUGAAGAGCGGUGCUAGAAAACUGAUUGAAGCCUUCCCGAUCGAUCUUGGUCCAGAAUUGGCUUACGAGCUCAUCCACCUCGUAUUAUUUGCCAAGCAAAGUUAAGAUCUACUAAAUGAGCCAGUAGAGACAUUUCUGUACGAUUUUAUUCUGAAAAACAAUUUGCGAUCAACUUUUCCCUGAGUGGUCCCCGUGGCUCUGUGGUUAGCGAUGUCGGUCGGCUAGCUCUCCCACACGGUUGUGAUAUCGGGUUCGAUUCCCGAUCGAGUCGAGGAUCUUUUCGAGCUGGAAAUUUUCUAGACUCAGUACUGGGGCACGGUGUAUCGUUGUUCUUAUCCUACACAUACAAAAUGUGCCAAAAACAAUAUCGAUAACGAAUUCUCUCAACCAAAAUCUAGUUGACCGAGACCGCUAUUAGCCCCAAGGCUAAGCGUGCGAUAUUGUUUGAUCAACUUUUCCCAAUGCAGAAGUUGCGUUGCGAAUUUACCUGAGCAUCAAUGGUAUCAAAUGCAACUGGAGAGAUAUCGUUUUCAAAACUGAAAUUUCUCUGUCACUGAAAUUUUAUUUAGAAUAAACAAAGGAACAAAAUGACCAUCACUAAGCUCGUUAAUCUGACGUUGCUGAAGAUUGAAAAAUCAAUUUUGAAAAAAAUAGCGUUGACGAUAUAAUUGACACAAUUCAGCAAAAAAUACUCAAGAUGGCUGUGACCGAAUAAUUUUUUGGAUAUAUAUCUAUUUGAAAAUAAAUUUUACUAGCACAAUCCUUCUGUAACCUUUCUUCAACUUAAAUUUUUGUAUGACAUAUUCUUUCAUUGAAAUUUUGACAUUUGAAAAAAGGGUCCCCACAAGUCACUUGGCCCCUGGGCCCCCACAACUCUAGAUCCGGCGCUGGGUCUAAUAAAUGUUGAAAAGGCAUUGUAUAACUGCAAAGGGUUAAGAAUGCCUGGUAUAAAUCGGUAAUUUGAAAAUCGUCUUUUAGUUUUAAAUCUGAGAUCCAAACAUCAGAGGAGAUAACUUUUUGAUGUAGAACUACCCGUCUCUUAGGAUUUUCGGCUACAUAGGGAUGUGAAAUGAAAAUCUAAAACCGGAAAAAGUGAAAAAUAAGUCCAAUUUCAAAAGGUAAAUAUAUCGACAGAACGCAGUUUGUCGCAGCUCCCCAGCCGGCGAUCUAAUUCCAUUACACGAUCACGAUCACAAGCAAUAGACAAUAAAAUAUUUCUCAUCAGUU